UUAGAGACGAGCUGAUGGAGAGCCAGCCUGAGGUGGCCAGCAUGGGAAAGCUUCCUGGGCAGCGUCUGUCUGCGAGCCCAGAGCUGAGUGCCCAUAUCUGCUGUCUCAGACAUGAAUUGCUCCUGGAAGCCCAGUCUUUGGAGUAGCUGUUGCUGUUUGCAAAUUGAUCUGCCAUCACCUUCAGCUUCCCAAGGCAAGGAGCCAUGCAUGGGUCGAGGCUGUAGCAUCAGGAAAAGGAGUCUGGGAGGCAGCCAUUGCUACUGGGGCUCACCAUCCAUGGAGGAAGCCAUCUGUGAGAAGGUCAGCAGUCUGGAUCACGGGAGACGCAGGGCUUGCAUCAGACUUUCAGGCACUAUUGAACAGGCAUUUGUGUUUAUCUGCCUACCUGGUAAGGGAAAGCAUCUCCAUGGUUCUGUAGACCUAAGAAAACUCUCCCGACAUAAGGAGGACUAUGAUUUGGACGCGAGGGCGAUGGACGCCGGCUGUCUGCGGGGCCGCAGCCUGCUGCUCUUCCUCGGUUACCUAUUGCAAGGAGUCCUGGGCACAACAGUGAUCCCAUUAUGUGGGCCUGGUGAAAUGGAGAACUGCACAACAGCACUAAUCCAGACAGAGAACAGUCCACGUGUGGCUCAAGUUGGGAUAACUAGAUGCAAGCCUGAAAUGAAGGACUACUGCUUCCACGGACAGUGCGUGUACAUAGUGGACUUGGAUGAGCACUAUUGCAGGUGUGAUGUAGGCUUCUCUGGCGUCCGAUGUGUGCAUUCAGAACUUGUCAGACAACCCCUCAGUAAGGAGUAUGUGGCACUGACAGUUAUCAUAGUUCUGCUUUUCCUCACUGCCGUCUCUAUUGCAAGCUACUACAUCUGCAGAAGGUACCGAAGCAAGAAGAGACAAACAAACGCCAGCGAAUACAAGGAAGUUGGUGCCUUGUAGAAGAAAUGGUGGCUUCCUACAGCGUUCCAUUCAUCUGCAUGGACUCAGUGGCUUUCCAUCUAUUUAAAUGUUAUUUUUGUUAACAAUAUUUACAAUAUUUAUAUCCUUUUAAAAAUUUCAAUUGUUUGAUGAUCCAAUCAGUAUAGGUCAAGCAUUUUAUUUUCAGUGUUUUAUUUUUUUAUUAAAUAAUAUUCCCUAGCGAGAACCCCACCUAAGUGGUUCUGUGGGAUAGAGAUAUAUUUUUAUAAAAACUCAUCUUCUUACUCUGAAGAGUAAUUUUAUAUUUAUUCUUGUGAAUAUGCUUAAAACAAUUCUACUCCUUGAAAUAAAAGUUCUAGACAAAGUCAAAA